UCAAAGUGUGGAAGGGAAGGAUGCAAAACAGAGUUAACAAAAGAAAUCUUUUAAGACAAAAGGCCAAAAGAUACCAACAAAGCGUCUCUCAGUAGACCAAAACUUACCUGAUUGUCACAAUUCUCGUUUUCCUGUAAUUUUUUGUCAAAUAUCAUUUCCCUGUAAAGAAAGCAAACGCAUAGGACCCUUUCAUGUUCAGUCAUCACCUGCAUGAUUGCUUUCUCUCUCACGAGAUAAAGGAAUCUAGGCCUUUUUAGUGCUUACUUUUUUAGUUUUUAGUGUUUUUUUUUCUCCACCGACCGUAAGAGCUUGACCACAAAUCCAUAAUCAAGUGGUCCUUUCUUUCUUGUUUUGUUAUCUUCUGCAACCACGCUGUUCAAAGGUUGGUGUCUUUCUUCCUUCCUUUAACUGAGCAAUCUUCCCCUCCUCUUUUGUCUUCUCAAAUUUUACCUCAAAGGCUCUGCUUUUUCUUCUUUUUGUAUUUCAGUCUCGCUUGAGCAAUAAUGUCUCUUUUUGUUUCGUUUCUUUCUCCUUUUCCCUCUAUCAACUGUUCAUUGGGAUCACAAUAAUGGGUUUUCUCUGUUUUCUCGUAUCAUAAUCCAAUGGUUCCUCUCUCUGUCAACCCCAACCCAUCCUUCCUCUUCUAAGUCCUGCUAAUUAGCUGAUUCUUAUUCCUCGAUUCCAAGAUUCUUUAUUUUUGCUUUAUUUUAGAGAAAAGAAUCAGUAACUGGAUAAUGGCCUUUUAACUUUUACAGUUGCUCUCAUUUCCACAACUCCUCUUGCAUUCUUGAAUUGUGCGUCUUUUGUUGGUUUAAAAGUUUAAAACCUGAACUGGGUCUUCAGUAAACUCUACUAAUAGCUAAUAAAUUUGUUACUGAUUCUAGGCUAAAAUGCCAUCUUCAUACUUCCCUCUUAGGUGGGAGAGCACCGGAGACCAAUGGUGGUAUGCAUCACCGAUUGAUUUUGCAGCAGCCAAUGGUCACUAUGACUUGGUGAGGGAGCUUCUCUACCUUGACACCAAUCUCCUAAUCAAACUCACCUCCCUUCGCCGAAUUCGCCGCCUUGAAACCGUCUGGGAUGACGAGGAACAGUUCAAUGGUAUUGCCAGCUGUCGUGCUUUGGUGGCCAAGAAGCUACUCCUAGAAUGUGAAACAAGGAGAGGUCAUAACACUCUCAUUAGAGCUGGCUAUGGUGGUUGGCUCCUGUACACUGCUGCCUCAGCCGGUGAUGUGAGCUUUGUCAAGGAAUUGUUGGAGAGAGACCCUCUUCUUGUUUUUGGGGAGGGAGAAUAUGGUGUUACUGACAUACUUUAUGCUGCAGCCAGGAGCAAAAAUUCUGAUGUUUUUAAGCUCCUCCUUAAUUUCUCAAUUUCGCGGAGUUGUGGCCUGAACUCUGGUGAAGAGUUGGAGGAGCAGCUGGGUGAGAACUAUGCAGAUUUUAGAAAGGAGAUGAUGAAUAGAGCUGUUCAUGCUGCGGCUAGAGGUGGAAAUUUGAAGAUUUUGAAGGAGCUUCUUGGAGAUUGCUCUGGUGUCUUGGUUUAUAGAGAUGCUCAAGGGUCCACUGUCUUGCAUACUGCCUCAGGCAGAGGGCAGGUUGAGGUAGUUAAGGAUAUAAUGGCAUCCUUUGGACUUAUCACCUCCAUUGACUAUCAAGGAAACACGGCAUUACAUAUAGCUGCUUACAGGGGUUACUUAGCUGUUGCAGAGGUUCUGAUUCUUGCAUCUCCUUCAUUAAUCUCCAUAACAAACAAAUAUGGAGAUACUUUUCUCCACAUGGCAGUGUCAGGUUUUCGAAGCCCAGGCUUUUGUAGAGUAGAUAGGCAGAUAGAGCUCGUGAAGCAGUUAGUGAGUGGUAAGAUUGUAAACAUCCAAGUCAUCAUCAAUGUCAAGAACAAUGAUGGAAGAACGGCCCUUCACAUGGCUGUAAUUGAAAAUAUUCAAUCUAAUCUGGUGGAACUUCUCAUGACUGUACCAUCCGUUGAUUUAAAUAUUUGUGAUGUUAAUGGCAUGACUCCACUAGAUCUCCUCAGCCAACAGCCAAGAAAAGCCUCCUCUGAAAUUAUCAUCAAGCGGUUGAUUUCAGCUGGAGGGAUAUGUAAUUGUCAGGAUAAUGUGGCUAGAAGUGCUAUUGCUUUCCAAUUGAGAGGGCAUGGUAUAGGAUGCAGUCCUGGCACUUCUUUCAGAAUUCCUGAUGCAGAGAUAUUCUUGUACACCGGUAUCGAAAAUGCAUCUGAUGCCAGUUGCGAGCUAACAAGUGACAAUUAUAGUACAUGCUUGAGUGAAGCAAGUGAAUUUGACACAGCUAACUCGAUGGCUAAUAAGAAGUCAGCUUCCUUAAAUAGUGUGGCAAGGCACCUAAGGUCUCUCCUCCAUUGGCCUAAGAAGAAAGGGAAAAAAGAUGCUGGUACAGAGUUGGCUGAUGAUGAUUCUUUAGAUUCAUUUAGUUUAUCUCGAAGUUUGGAAGACCGUCCAAUUCCACUUAGGCAGAGAUACUCAAAACUGGCAUGCCUUUCAAGCAACGAAAGGAUGUUUUCUUUCAGGAGUAGUCUUCCAAGUCCAUUAACCAGAAAGAAAUUUACUGCAGGGCUAACACAUGGUGUUAUUCAAGCAAUGCCAGAUUUAGCUGCUUCAGUUGAAUCACCUUCAAGUCCUGUUUCACUAUCAUCCAUGGCUUCACCUGUUUCACUGGAUAAAGAAAAGCGUAUCAAUAUUGCAGGACCCUCGAGCUUGAAUCCAUCUUUGAAGCAUGGACAUCCAUCCUUGAAUAAGAAGUUGAUGAACCAGUAUUUUUGUUUUGGUGCACAAGGCGUGGCUGUGGAAAAUUCUAGAAGCUAUUCACAGAAAAAUCAGAGCUACAAGCAUGCUGCUUCUCUGGUAGCCUGAAUUGGUUGUACAAAAAUACUUAGAAAUUUGGUGAACAAUCGGGAAUUUAUUUUUGUUUUAUUUUGCAUUUAGCUGUUUCUUUUGAAGUAACUUUUCAUGUUUGAUUCCGCAUGUGUGGAAUAAUAUCUAUACCAAUUGUAAUAUUUGAGGAAUGUAAAAAAAAAAUUCAUGAAUAAGGUUACAAAAAACUUCUGAAA